AGUGUGGGUGUGUUGGUGUAAGGGUGCGCGGGAGAAAUGGAAAGUCUGCUCUGUGGGACGAAGCGAACUUUUUUGAAUAGUGGAAAAUGACAUAACUGACCGCUGAAGUCUGUAUUUCGGAGAUUUAACUGUAAAAAACGGAACUUUACGCCUUCCGCUAACGCCGAGCUAGAUAACGGUUCAUAUCAAUUGAUUAAUUCCGCAUAUUUCCCCUGAGUUCACUUUUCCUGUCUAAAUAGCACAAAACAAUGGUUCUUGCCCGAGAAUAAUGGGACCAAACUAUUUCCAUUCAAUUUUUCCAACUGCAUCCAGUGCUCAAUCCAAUAAAAUACUUAGGAUCCAGUUUUCUUUCAAAAAAUGAUUGCGGGAUUCUCGGUUUGCGCCCCCACUGGUGUUUUGGGCCAAUCAGCUGUUUCAGAAGAAUUUCAAGUUGACAUGAAAUCGCCCGGUUUAAAGGGAAGGACUCAGUCAAGAGGUAUUUCCAGCCACUGAGCAGGUUUACAAAAGAUUUCGAUGGCGUACAACAAGGAGGCAAUCAUUAUUAUCCUCGAUAUCGGGGAAAACUCCACACGCAUCGUGGAUGGUUCCGAUCAGACCCUGCUGGAAAAGGAGAAGCAAUGCUGCACGAAAUUGCUCCAGAAAAAAAUUUUCGAGGGAAAAAAGGACGAGAUCGGCCUGAUCCUCAUGGGAACAGAGGAAACGCAAAACCGCCUCAACAACGAAUCGCUAGGAUAUGAAGGCAUUUGUGAAACCUUCAACUUGAAUAUCCCCAAUUGGAAUUUAGUCAGAGCGAUAAAUCGGUGUCCGCCAUGUGAGUCGGCCCAGGCUAAUUGGCUGGACGCUAUCGGCGUCGCGGUUGCCGUCCUUAACGAAGAAUUGCAGAAAAAGAAAUUUGGCGCCACCAAGAUUGUCCUGUUUACAUCGUUCACUAAUGUCGGGCAUUGCAGCACCGAGAAGGGAGCUAUUGUCCGGGAUUUGAAGAAUUUAGGAACUGAGUUGAUCGUUAUAAGUGACAAUAUCGAGUUUUGCUUCGAUGAAGGUGCUGGUGAAGAGGGUUCAGAAGGGCCAUCGCAAGCUACGUUCAGUCAAAUGCCCGAUAAGCCUUUACAACAAGUACAAGCGGAACGACUGAUUCUUGAAAUUAUCGAAGAAACUGAUGGCAACUUGACGAGCUUUCAGUACUUGAUUGACCAUCUUACGCACUUUCAGAAGAAACGAUCGCGUUUAUGGUAUUGGAACACGAAGUUAGAGAUCGGGAAGGAUUUAGAAAUGCAAAUUGCAGCUACGAUUUCGAUCAAAGCUGAAUCUCACUUCAAAUUCCAAACAACUGCAAAGGACGAAAACAUGUCCUUACAAAUGGAAACUGAAUAUUUCAAAAACGGGGAGAAAAUUGAGCUUAGCCCCGAGGACAAACUAAAAGGUUACAUGAUUGGUUUGACACCAAUUCCCUACGAUGAAACGCUUGGCAUGAAAAAACCCAACACGACGAAGGGUCUCCGUUGCCUGGCAUUCACAAAGAGUUCAACAAUUCCUCCUCAACUUCUCUGUGGAAACGGCACUUAUUUGGUUAUGGCCAAGGAAGGAGACGGACGGUCGCAGAAACUUUUCCGAUUGUUGGUGGAAGCAAUGAUUCGACUGGGUCAUUCUAUGAUUGCUAGCAAGGUUUAUAUGAACGGACACAAGCCAAAGUUGGUAGCUUUAACUCCGAACAAUAGCACUGCGUUUCCGACGUUGAACAUGUAUGAAAUGGUCUUUGCUGACCAAGUCCAUCAUUGGUAUUUCCCGCAACUUUGCACAAAGAAAACCCAACCCUCGCCGGAGCAAUACGCGGCUGUUGAGGAGCUGAUUGAUUCAAUGGAUUUAAUGGAUGCGGGGGAAGGAGGCGGAGAAGCCUUUCCUCAUAACAAGCUUGUGAGUCCUGUCGUUCAAAAUAUCUACGAAACUGUGACGAAGCGAGCACUGGACCCUAAAUACAAAGUCGAAGUAUUUGAUCAUCGCCUAUUGGAAGCGUUAAAAAUGCCCCAGGUCGUAUUGGACCGAUCUGUCGAGCCUAUUAAGAAAAUCAAAGAGCUGUUCACAUUAGAAGCACCGAAAACUUACAAAAAGGAACUCGUCCGAAAGCUAUGCCUUAUCCCCGUCGAAUCAGAUGCUGACCCCCAAGCCUUCGCUCAGUAUGAACUCCCCGAAGAAACGAAGAAAGUCCUAGAAAUUGGCACAGUCACACCUGAAGAAGAUUUCAAAGCGCUUGUCAAUGAGGACAUAACCGCUUUCCCGAAAGUUUCUGAACAAUUGGCGAAUGUCCUGUACGAUUUGAUAUUCAAAACGAUGACGGAUCAAAGUGAGAAAGUUUGUGAUACGAUGACAACAUUCCGGGAAUUUGCGAAAUUCUAUGGACCGUAUGUGUACACAGAUUGGAUUCGCAACGUUAAAACGACGGUUGUGACGAGGAGGAAGGUCGAUUUCUGGGAAAACGUGGUGGUGCGAAAUCGAUUGGGUAUCAUUUCAGCCUCUGAAAGUGAACAAGUCGUGAGUGUGACGGAUGAGGAGGCGGAGGAAUUUUACAGAGUGAAUAUUGGAGCAAGUGCAUCAGGUGCGGGCCAGGAUGAUGAGGUGGAUGUUGAUGAUUUGUUUGGGCAAAUGUAAUUUGUACUGUUUUUCAACAAUAAAUAUUUUUAUAUGAGA